AUGAAAAACCGCAUUAAAGACAAAAAAUUGAUCAGUCAACAAAAACAGUCGAUAUGGUCAACAAGUGUUUCAAAUUUUGCAUUUUUUUAUUUUGCUGUUUUCAAGGAAUUUUGAGCAUCAACAUUAUCAACAAAUCUGAAUGGGGCGGACUAGUUGCUGUUUCAAAAAGCUCUCUUGAAAUUAAUUUAGAAUAUGCUGUUAUUCAUCAUUCAGCUGGUUCUUACUGCAACACAACGGAGACUUGCAAGCAACAGAUGCGUAAUAUACAAUCUUAUCAUAUGAAAACGUUAGGAUGGGAUGAUAUUGGUUAUAAUUUUGGUAUUGGUGCUGAUGGAAACGUUUAUGAAGGUCGUGGAUUUGGCAUUCAAGGUGCUCACGCUUCAGGAUGGAAUACUAAAUCGAUUGGCAUAAUGUUCAUUGGAAAUUAUAAUGAUCACACACCCACGAAUACUCAAAUUUUACUCGCAAAAGAGCUGCUUAAUGAAGGGGUCUUUCAAGGAUAUCUUUCGCCAAAAUAUGUAUUGUAUGGACACAGACAAGUUGGUAAAACAGAAUGUCCUGGAAACAAAUUGUUUGCUGAAAUUCAAAAAUGGUCGCAUUGGAAGAUUGGAGUCUAAUUAAAAUAAAAACGUUGAGAAAAAAAAUAAAUU